GGCCCUUAAAUAUUUUCCAACACUCAUCAUUCAACAUUCUCUUCGAUAUAAGAGCGAGUCCCUCAGGACCUUUCCCGGUCAUUUAUUCAUUCUCUAAUGUCGACUUUCUACUAGGCAGUGGCACAAACUACGACAAGCACUACAGCUCAUCAUGAAAUCCUCUACCAUCAUCAGCUUCGCUUGUGCUUUGGCGUCCGUAUCCGAUGCUGCGUUCAACCUUGUUAAGCCAAGGGGAGCUUCUCCAAUUGAAUACUCACUUAUUCGCAGUGAGACACCAAGGUUGCGGAAGCGGGGUACCAUCGAAGUGGAUAUGGGAACGCAAUUCGAAGGAUUCAAUUACUUCGUGAAUAUCAGCGUCGGGACGCCACCACAGAGUGUCUCGGCAACUUUUGACACAGGCAGCUCAGACCUGAUUCUCAACUCUGCUUCCAGCGACUUUUGCGCAAGUGCCAAUCCCAGCCCAUGCCUCGGUGGGGCUUUCGACCUCAACUCCUCGUCCACAGUCAAACAAGUUGGAAAAGGCAUGAUCGAUAUAUACGAAACCUCAGAAUAUACAGGCAACUGGUACACCGAUACUCUGACGCUUGGCGGAAAAUCAGCGGAAAAUUUCGUUCUUGGGGUUGCCGACACGUUUAGUAAUACUACCACAAAUACUUUCGGCGUGGCGUAUUAUCUUCCAGAAGGCAGGCCUGGUACCCCUGCUCCAACCACUGACAACAGUCUUGGCCAAUUGGUCAAGGCAGGUCUUAUCCCGUCCUCUGCUUACAGCAUCUGGAUGGACCGAAACCCAGCAAAAGGAGGCAACGUUCUCCUCGGCGGGGUAGACACGUCAAAAUUCGUUGGCGAACUGCAAUCGUAUCCAAUCGUCCCAUAUGUUCCAGCCGAGAACCUCUAUAUCACCUUGAGUCUCAACAUCACAUCAAUCGGGGUAGGAGGAAGCAAACCACUAAACGCAAACUCCACCGAAUUGCCAGCAGUCGCAACGCUCGACACAGGAAAUCCAAACCUCCUUCUUCCCUCAGGCUUGGUCGGGAAUAUCUACAAAACCUUCGGUGUACAAGCUCUCACUCUCCCCGGUGGUGCUACUUUCGGCGUCUGCGAUUGCGCGCUCGGAAGCUCAUCCGCAACCCUGGACAUCGGCUUCCCCGGUCUGAAAAUCUCGAUCCCCUUUAGUGACCUAGUCAUCAGCCCAACCGACGAUUUAUACAAGGGCUACAACAUACCAGCAUCCAGCCACCUGCCCAAUGGGACCUGUCUCUUCAUGGUCAGCCCCACCAGAGCUGGAUUCGGUAACAUCCUCGGUGACAACUUUUUGCGUUACGCGUAUUAUGUGGUUGAUCUCGAUACCCACCAGAUUGGUCUUGCGCCCUCGAAUCCGAACCCUGGAAAGAGUCAGAUUAUGGAGAUCGCGGCUGGUACUAAGGUGAUUCCUUCAUUGUCUGCUACUGGGGCGGUUGCGACGGGAACGAAUACGCCUACCAGUACGAAAGGUGGGCCAAGCAGCACGGGCUCAGCGCAGCCGAGUACGUCUACGAAGCCGUCGGCUGGAAAUCGUUUGAAUGGUGUGGAUUUUGGUGUAAUGGUUGGGAUUGUGGGCCUUGCCUGUUUGCUGUAAGAAGCUGAAAUAAAGUCUAGGGAGUAAAAGUAAGAUUACAAGCAGAUUUGGAUAUUCCAUUCCAGUGACCGGCUCAGUGCGACCCAUGACACCGACCGUGAACUCUUCUGAUCAACACCUUUCAAACACUUUUGAAGUAUCAUCAUCGCUAAUUAUCACCAUUCCUAGUGAAUGCUUCGUGAAGUUUCUCAAAUUCCUAGCAGAAAUGUAAUUAAAUAGAAACACCGAACCAGCGACGAUCAAAUCAUACUGAACUGUUUAUUAAGUUCACUAUAAAACAUUAAUUCAUGGUGAGGCAUUGAAACCUUGAACGACUUGUGAGCGAGGAGUGGGAAUUAGCGAAGCACAACUUGACGACGGCCCUCUUGAGACCCAGGUUAACACUUUUACCGGUU